GCCUCUCUCUAUCCUUGUUCAGACUGCAGCAAGCCUCCCCCCCACCCCCUCUUCUGUGUCAGGGGGCUAAUAUUUCAGCCCUCCCAGGCAUGCAUCGCACAUGUGCUGUCAAUCACUCGGAGGAUUUUUCUGAGAGCCAAUUCAGGGACUCAAAAGUGAAACAUUUCAUUCCGUCCUGCUUUCUUGUGUGUUAGUAAGUUUGUGUACCCCUUGGACAGCCCUUCUAUCCAGCCGGACAAUUUAACAAACUCACAAGGAUUAGCAGAAGAAUAUGUGGUCCAAGGUGUUUGCCAUGUUCCUUUUGCUGGUGGCUGUUUUCUACCAGGUAGGCAGCACCCCUGCCACAGAACAACAUACAGAGGAGGACAGUGCAGAGGUUCUGUUUCCUUGGCGACAGAAGACAGUGGGGUCUGGUGGACUACAGAGAGCAAAGAGAGCCUGGGUUAUUCCACCAAUCAACACCCCUGAGAAUACCAAGCAAAUCCCAAAGAAUCUAGUCCAGAUCAAAUCUGACACUCUUGAGCCCGGGAAGGUGUUGUAUAAGAUCCAGGGUCCGGGGGUCGAUGAGGAUCCCAAAGGAUUUUUUGAAAUCAAUGAAACAACGGGAUGGGUCAUCCUAAUGAAUGUGCUUGACAGAGAAACCCACAGCAAGUUUAAGAUCAAAGCCUAUGCCCUGGAUUUGAGCGGGAAACCCAUGGAAGAGCCCACUGAACUGGAGAUCCAUGUGGUGGAUCAGAACGACAACCGGCCCGCCUUCGUGCAAGAGGAAUUUAUUGGACGUAUUCAUGAAAACUCUAAACCAGGUACGUCUGUCAUGCAGGUUGAGGCAACGGAUGCUGACGACAUUGAGACAGAAAACGCAGCCCUGGCGUACUCCAUUAUCAGCCAGGAGAGCAUCCCGCCAUUCCGAAUCAAUAAAACCAUGUUCGGAAUCGAUGAGCUCACCGGCAUCAUCUCCACCCGGGAUGUAGGGCUGGAUCGAGAGGAGGUGGAUGGGUUUAAUAUCACGGUCCAGGUUGCAGACAUGUCUGGUUAUGGGCUGACCAGCUAUUCCUCAGCACUGAUCUACAUCAACGACGUUAAUGACAAUGCUCCUAAUUUCACCUCUGACACGUUCCAAAUAUCAGCAAUGGAGAACAACAUGCAGGCUGACAUUGGCAGAAUCACUGUGACAGAUGAAGACGAAGAGCAAACAGAGAACUGGUGGGUGAAGUACACCAUCACAGCUGGGGAUCCAGAGGGGAACUUUGACAUUCGUAGGGAUGAUGCAACCAACGAAGGCAUAGUGUCUGUGGUGAAGCCGCUGGAUUAUGAGUCUCUGAAUUACUAUGAGCUGGUGGUGACGGUGGAGAACGAGAGUCCGCUGAGCCUCAUGGGUCCCAAGACCCCCCCGAGCAGUGCCACUGUGACCAUUAACGUGCUGAACCAGAACGAGCCCCCCGGCUUCCUGCAGAGUCCCCUGAGGCUUAGCGUCCCCGAGGGAAGCCCAGCCGGCACCCUGCUAGCCAGUAACAUCGCCUUGGACCCAGACAGGCAGGCUCUCCGAUACGAUGUGGAGUAUGACCCGGACCAGUGGCUGUUCCUGGACGAUGAGUCUGGGGAGAUUACGGCCAACAAGGAAAUUACCAAGAAUUCCCGCUUCCUCACUAAGGAUGUCUACAUGGCCGUCAUCACAGUGGAAGACACAGGAGACUACCCCAGCACAGCCACAGCCACAAUGUAUAUCACAGUGUUAGAGGUGAAUGACUUUGCCCCUGAGCCCUUUCCUCUGAGCGAGUUCAUGUGCAAUGAUCCAGAGAAGGGUUCUGGUUUGGUUCUGAGUGCUACCGACAAGGACCAGCCCCCUCACAGCGCACCCUUUCUCUUCAGCUUGGAUGACAGUGAGCCAGAGAAUAUUCAGAACUGGACCCUCCACAGAAUCAACGAUACUCAUGCAGCGCUGCAUCUGCUCACGGCAGUGCUGGAAGGGGAGUACGUGCUCCCGGUGUUGAUCAGUGACUCUGGCACACCUGCCCUCGCUGAGAUCCACAUGGUCAAUGUGACGGUAUGCCACUGCAACGACGAGGGAGACUGCCAGGCUAUCUUAGCCGCCAUCUUCAGCGCUGGAGUGGGGCUGAGCCUGGGCGCGCUCCUCAUCAUCUUGGGCAGCAUCGUGCUCCUGCUCUUGCUGUUGUUGAUCAUGGCCGCAGUGGAACAGUGUCGCCGAAGGCCCAUCAGGAAAGGGACGCUGGGUGUUUCGGACGAUGACAUUCGAGACAACAUCCUGAACUACGAUGAGCAAGGGGGCGGAGAGGAGGACGAGAAUGCCUACAACAUGGACCAGCUGAGAAACCCCAAUGAGAUCAUCCCAUCCCCCACCGCGGCCAUGCCUAGAGGGAAACAGCCAGUCAGGAAAGACACACCCUACAACUACCCCUCCCCCUCGUAUCCACGGAAAAACCCGUCCGACCCCACCGAAAUCGAGGACUUCAUUAACGAUGGUCUGGAUGCAGCAGACAAGGACCCCAAUGUCCCCCCAUACGACACAGCGCUGAUCUAUGACUUUGAGGGGGACGGCUCGUUGGCUGGCAGCCUGAGCUCCAUCGCCUCAGGCAGCUCUGACGGAGACCAGAACUAUGACUAUCUCAACAGCUGGGGCCCCCGCUUUAACAAACUGGCCAACCUGUAUGACAAGCACUGACACACUGCAGCUUUCACACUGCCUCUCUUACACACACCCCCCAUCGCUGCCCUGGCUGAGGGGUACCUAAAUCGCAAAAGUCAGCGUGUUUCAUAUUCUUAUUGUAACCCUUCUCCAUCACUCUAGAACCCCACUACCUAAUACCAGCUGCUGCAAGACGUACAGCAGGACUAGAAGGCAACCAGUGCUCCCUGUCUAGCAGCAGUGCAGGGUUUUUUUCUGGCUUAAUCAUAGGGGUUGAGCAGGGCAAACUACGAUUUGACUUUCCUUGUAAGAACUGUCAUGCAACCACGUGCCAUGUUGUUCUGAAAUCCCACUAUAUCUUAACAUAAAUACAAUUUCAAAGUUAAAGAGCAAUAAAUAUAAGGUAAAGAUUUUUUUUUUCAAACUGCUGCGGUAUGCAAUUUGUUAUUUGUUUCUCUGGCAAGGAUGGCUGUGACGGGUGAGGCUGGGUAAUGGGUAGUGCUGAGCAGGCCAGGUUGAGAGUGAGUGCCGGUAGACCUGGCAGAUUGAAGGCAGGGAUUGCAGUAGGUGAAUUUUGGGUUAGGGUUAGGGUAAUUAAACCUUCUUAUAAUCAAUCUCUUCAGCAUUCAAGGAAGAUGGGAAGGAGAGGCAGUAAAUUAGGGGUGCCUUGUGUGUUUCUAUCCUCUUUAUUACUAUUACAAUGUAUGCUGGGUUGAGUGAUAAAGAUCAAGUAUAUGU